AGAAAUUUCCCUGAAGUUGAUCAUCAAUUUGAUGUGUGGCACCUUUCCAAGAGUAUAACUAAAAAGUUAACUGAAAAAGCAAAGAAGAGAGAAUGUGCUGAUCUCUCUCUCUGGAUCAGAUCCAUCUCAAACCACCUUUGGUGGUGUGCCAAAACAUAUGGGGGAGACAAGGAGAUGUUGAGAGAGAAGUGGAUAUCCAUUGUCUAUCACACUGCCAAUAUCCACUCCUGGGAUUUAGCUGACCUGUAUGAGGAAUGUGCCCACCAACCAAUCCCUCCAGCUAUCGCAAGAACUAAAAGGUGGCUUAGGCCUGGCUCCUCUGCUCAUAAUGCAUUGAAGGAGGUUGUAUUCGAUAAAAAUCUGUUGAAGGACAUUCAGCAACUAACACUAAGUUGUCAUACUGGCAAUUUAGAGGUGUACCAUAGUGUGCAGACCAAAUAUGCACCCAAACGGCAGCACUUCUCUUAUAAUGGCAUGGUUGCUCGAACUCAGUUGGCAGCCCUAGACCAUAAUGCCAACACUGGUAGACAACAAGCCACUGUAUCCAGGGGUGCCAACCAAGGGGAGCUGCAAUACAAGGUAGUGUUUCCAAAAAAUACAAAAGAAUGGGUGGCGAAGCUCAUAUUUGAGAAGACAACCAAUUAUCAUCUCAAGCCAAUGCUUAAUGCCAUUGUAGAGAGAAAAUGCUUAAAACCACAAGAGAGGAGUGCAACAGUCACAGCACCACACAUUCCUGAAAACAUUGCCAGCAAACCCCGGCCUCCUAAAGCAGAUGUCAUUGCUAAUCAUACUUUUGAAGUAUUUUUGAAUAAUUAA